AUGGAGAAGGCAGCAAUCAAAAGGGGUGCAUGGAGUUAUGCAGAAGACAAGAAACUGACUGCUUAUAUUAAAAAGUAUGGGAUAUGGAAUUGGAAUCAGAUGCCGAAAUAUGCAGGUUUAGCGAGGUCUGGAAAGAGCUGCAGACUUAGGUGGAUGAACUAUUUGAGGCCUGAUGUAAAGCUGGGAAAGUUCACAGAGGAAGAAAAUCAAACCAUUAUCAAUCUGCAUGAGAAGUUAGGCAACAGAUGGGCUGAAAUUGCAAGAAAACUUCCUGGAAGAACAGAUAAUGAAAUUAAGAACCAUUGGAACACAAGGCUGAAGAAACAAUUACUGUCGAAGAAGAACAUGGCCUAUCCAAUUCAUAAGGAAAAAGCUGGUGAUGAAACUAAAGCUUGUGAAGAAGAACCCAUCCAAGAAAGUUGUCAAGGAAGUGAUAGCACUGUGACAGUAAAUGAUGAUCUUGUUGGGAGCACAGACAUGCUUGAUACAUCCAAUUCAGGAUUCUCGGUCGAGGACUUUGACAUGAUAUUCUGGACUCAACCAUUCUUGAUUGAAGCUUCAGGCAUGGAGUAUCAGCAAUUUGGAUAUCAAGAUUCUCAGUUUGAUAGCUUCAGUCCUCUGGAAAGCUCAUGCUUUGCUGAUUAUGAUUUUCAUCUCAAUUUUAAAUAUGAUUUUUCAGAAAUAGAUGACAUUCUGUCAUCUGUUUGA